AUGUUUCAGGUUAUCUCACUCUCCGUUCUGGUCCUAUCCGCCACUUUGGCCCCGGUUUUCGCCAGCUCGCCGGCUUCUUCUCACAACACUACAUGCGCAACGCUUGUGAAGACAUUCGAGUGCCGUUGUGGACAUGCUGGUUUCCUUUCGCUCCCUCAUGCAAACAUCACUGCCCCCGAAGAGGCUCGAAAAUGCGCGAGCUACAAGUUGAUUGAUGCUCGUGGUACGGCUGAGCCACAGGGGGUCUCGACCAUGUUCUACACUAUGGUCAAGGACAUACUUGCCAACACAACCGGCGGUGUUAGCCAGCCUGUCGAAUAUCCAGCAGGUGCUGAUCAAAACACCACUAGCGGUGAGAAAUUUGUACUGGAUGUCAUAAAUCAAGGUCUUCGUGACUGCCCUGAUCAGAGCUAUGCGCUUUUUGGGUACUCUCAAGGCGCAAGCCUGAUUCUCAACGCACUUGAUCAACUUGACGUUCCUGCGCUAGGCUCGGUCAAGUCGGUUAUUCUCGUUGGGAACCCUUACCGCAUCCCCAAUAAACGAUCGAACGUGAAUGGUGCUUCCCAGAGAGACCAUGCAAAAUCGGUUGGAAUGUUUGCGAUGUCCGCCAUUGAAAACAACAGUACAGUGCCUCAGCUCUCAACCGAUGUGGAUCGAAGUGGCAAAGCAUUGGAUUAUUGUCUCGAGGGUGAUGGGGUUUGCUCUUACGACAAGACCUGCUCUUGUAGCAUGCCGGCCGGUCACCUUAGUUACGGGUUGGCUGAUGCUGUCCAAAAAACGGCCUUUGAGCACGUUGUUUCCCGGAUAGAUAAACGUCGGACCAACAACCUUAUGCGCAACUGA